AUGAACGAGCCGCACGACCUGCCCGACGCGGACCUCGCCACAUGGGCGACCACGGUGCAAGCGGCCGUGACGGCGAUCCGCAACGCCGGCGCGACGACGCAGACGAUCCUGCUGCCCGGGACGGACUUCACGCACGCGACGAGCUUCGUCGAGAACGGGAGCGCCGGCAACCUGAGCCGCGUCACCAACCCGGACGGCUCCACCGCCCGCCUCGUCUUCGAGGUGCACCAGUACCUCGACGCGGACGGGAGCGGACAGGCCCUCGAGUGCGUUUCUGAUCAUGCGAGCGAUGGGUUUGUGCCGCUGGCGCGGUUUCUGGCGGCUGGGGGCCGAAGGGCGUUUGUUGGAGAGAUUGGGGGUGGGAAUACGAGCUCGUGCAUCACCAACCUCUGCAGCAGUCUUGCUUUCAUCAACGGUAACCCCGAUGUCUUCAUGGGGUACACGGGAUGGUCCGCGGGCGGGUUCUCGGCCACGGAUUAUAACCUGACUAUGACGCCGAUGGGCUCGCCAGGCAACUUUGUCGAUCAGCAGACUGUAGCACAGUGUGUGGUCGGGACGCGAAAUGGUCUUGGCAAUUCGACGGCCAGUCUCAACUCGACGGGUCUGAGAGGGUCGUCUGCAGCGUCGGGAGGCAACAGCACUGAUGUGGUCGCAAUCGCUGGGUCGGCAAGGCACUCUGCCGGAGAGAUGGUGGGAAUUGUGGUGGUUGGUCUGUUGACCGUGUUUGCUAUGUGGCUUUGA